UUGAAAGCUCAAUCCAUUCCUAGCCAAAAAAUUUACCUUUUACUAAAACUGUAUCACCAAAACUAUAAAUACUUCUCCAAGUUUAGGGCAAUUCCAUAACAAUCAGCCAAGCACAAAUUCCUCUCGUUAUCUUGUAGGACUAGACAUGGCUGCUCUAUCAACCAGCAAAGCCCUUUUCGUCGUUCUCCUCUCCAUCGCAGUGUUCGGUUCACAAGCAGCACUCGACGCUCACUAUUAUGAUCAAACAUGUCCACAAGCUGAGUUUAUUGUAGCACAAACGAUUCGCAAUGCUUCUAUAUUUGAUCCUAAGGUUCCUGCUCGUAUUCUUCGUAUGUUCUUCCACGAUUGUUUCAUUAGGGGGUGUGACGCAUCACUUUUACUCGACUCAACACCAGGCAACACAGCAGAGAAGGACGGCCCUCCUAAUGUCUCAGUUCAAGCAUUCUAUGUCAUCGAUGAUGCAAAAGCUAAGCUAGAGAAAUCAUGUCCACACACAGUUUCAUGUGCUGACAUAGUCGCCAUGGCUGCUAGAGAUGUUGUCGCUAUGACCGGAGGACCGUCUUGGGGCGUGCUCAAAGGAAGGAAAGACGGAAGAAUAUCAAAAGCAAGCGACACCAUAAAUCUUCCAGCACCAUUCCUGAAUGCGACUCAACUAAUUCAAACAUUUGCAAACAGAGGAUUAGGGAUUAAGGAUCUAGUCGCGCUAUCUGGUGGCCACACGCUAGGCUUCUCACAUUGUUCUUCCUUUGUACCUCGCCUUCAUAACUUCAGCAUCGUACAUGACACUGAUCCGAGCAUGAACGUUGAAUUCGCUAACUUACUGAAGGCGAAAUGCCCUUCACCGAACAAUAAUGGAGCUGCAGGACAAUUCUUAGACUCAACUUCAGCACAAUUUGAUAACGACUACUACAAACAGGUUAUAGCAGGAAAGGGUGUUUUUGGAACGGAUCAAGCUUUAUAUAAUGAUCAAAGGACUAGGCCAAUAAUCGAGUCAUUUGCCAAAAAUCAAAACUUGUUCUUUACUGAGUUCGCGGCUUCAAUGAUAAAGCUUGGAAAUGUUGGAGUAAGCGAACAAGGAGAAGUGCGAAUGAAUUGUAGAAGAGUGAUUUAAUUUUCGGAACUUGAAUUGAGUACUUACAUGGGCGGACCCAAGUGCCUUCUAGGGUCUGCACGUGAGGGCACUUUAUUCAAAUAAUGUGAUUUCCGAUGAUAAUUUUAUGUGUAUAUUUUUGUAUUGGAUUUUUUCUGUAUCUACUAAUGAUGUGUGCUUUUACUAACUAUUUUCCUGGGUUUGCCGCUCGGUAUACAUGUACCAACGUACAUGGAAGCACUUCAUCAUAUUCUUGAGAUAUGUAAUAAUGUUCAAGUGUACGAAGAUGAUUUACAAACUAAUCAAUUUUCUCAACUUGAGAGAUGUAAAGGAUUGGUAUCAUAUAUAUAACAUGGUUUGUUGACUUGUGUGUAUGAGGCU